AUAGCAACACUCUUUUAAGUUUUAACUAGGACUAGGAUAGCUCAAUCAAGAAAGACCCAGUCUCCCGAGAGAGGAGAAAAGAAAAAAAAAAAGGCUGAUGAAGAACUCUUUGGUGACCGUGGUCACCCUGGCUCUACUGGCCAUAGCACUGAGCCUCUUCUCCUCCCAAGCCUUUGAGGAGGCUGACAUACGCCUCCCAAUCCGAGGCUAUGGAUCAGUAGGAGAGGAGGAGCAGAAGCCAUGGCCGUGCUGCGACCUGUGCCUGUGUAGGCCAAUGGAGCCGCCACAGUGCCGGUGCGAGGACUUCUGGAUCAAGUCGUGCGAUCCCAACUGCAAGGACUGUGCCAAGAUGCCGCUGUUCGUCUAUCCGCCUGUGUUCAAAUGCCACGACGUGAUCACCGGCCAAUGUGGCAAACGCUGCCAUUAGAUCAUGCACCAGCUUGUUUGGUAGAAUAAAAAUAAGAGCGGAACGUGUGCCUUUUCCUUUUUUGGAACAAAAUAAUUAAUGCGUUCAGCUCGUGUCGUGUGUUACCAUACUAUCAUCGUAUCUAGUUAUAUGAUCUACCAUCUAUCUAUCUAUGUGGUUUAUUGUCUA